UGCAGGCCAUCAGGUCCACCGCGACCUACUCUGCUUGUCGGCAACGGAAAAACCCGGAAUCUCCAACAGGACGAAUAUUACCCUAUUCGGAUAUAUCUGAUCAGGCCUCACCUCACCUGAAUGAGUUACUCUCAAUCGGAGAAACCUGCAAAUACCUCGGAUGAACCGUUGGUUCUCCGUCCCCCAGUUGGCGCCGAGGUUGACCGCGGUCUGGGAUUACAGUUUCGUAGCCUCUUCCGUGCAAGAAGCAGUUCCAGUCGUCGCAACCGCUUCAUAUGUCACUGCCUUCUGUCCAUCUUUCUCGCUUUGCUCACUGCACUCGUUUUGUUACUAGUCCUGUUCAUUCUUGGAAUUGGCCAUUUGUUGCCAGCUCACUCGUCAUCACAAAAUUAUUGGGGCCACCAGUCUAUGUGCCGUGUGUCUAUCCCGGAAUUGCGUCUCCAUGUCACCGAAAUGAUUUCAGUCGAUGAUAACAUGUUCAAUGUGACAUUACUCGGAGAAGAUACUUCCGCUUCUAAACUGACGCGCAUACUUCAUCUAUGCAAGGAUGGCCUGACGGUUAUUCGUACGGCCGACCGUUGCUACAUUCGCCCAAUGCGCGCAGAUUGGCGUCGUGUGUGCUCCAGAGAACCGGUGAGAUUGUUUGAGGACGGCAUUCGCAUGAGACCUACUGUGAGUGCCCGCUUAUAUGAUGAGGCCUGGUUUUCGGAACCAUUGACACAUGUACCAAAAUUGAUCCUCAACUCCUACAUUUUGGCUCUUUGCGACGGCGUUCCUGCUCUUCGGCUGGUAUCCAAACCGCCCUGGGGGUACACUGCGAAUACCAUGGUGUCACCUGUUGUUGAGAAACCCCAUGUGGAAGAUACAGCUGCCGGUUCCGAUAAUCUUGAGGUGUUAAACGCCCUCAUGUCUCCUGAAUCGGCUUUGCCUAGUGCCGUUCAAGGUGUGUUUUCUGUUUUUGAUCUUUAUCUUUACACAACGUUCUGUUUGAUUGCACUUACUAGGGUUUAA